UGGAACGAACCGAUCAGAGUGGCGGUCGGCCCCACGACGAUUGGCAACAGCGGGGUGGUAAGGUGGUAGUCGUAGUUGGUGGGGUUGGUGGGUGGUGUAGUUGGUGGUGUAGUUGGUGUUGGUGGGUCAUCGUGAACAGCGGACGGGCUCGGGCUGUUGAGUGCGCGACGCGGACUGCCGCUGUCGCGACUGGGCAGGGUCAGUCCCGCAGGGGGGGAGACGGCGACCACUGCCGUGAUGCGACCGACAAUUCAUUGCCUUCGCCGAGCCGUGCCGGGCAGCUGUUUACUCUGACAGCAGCUGCUCGGGGCCAUCCAUCUAUCGCGUAGUGAGUGGACGAUCAGUCCGCCCUGUUGUUGGACGAGACGAGGAGGAGGAGGAGAGAGAGAGGGAGGAGACGGCGAGGUGCUGCCGCCGCUGCUGCUGCUGCUGCCAUGGCGGGCGUGGGAGACACUGCGGGCAGGGCUGCCCAGGCCCCCGGCGUGCCCUCGCCACGACCCCGCGACGAACCGGGGCCUCGGAGCUCGCAGGAGGAGGAGGAGGAGCGGCUUGGGGAUGGACAGCGCGACCCCAGCGGUGGCCACCGGGAGGAGGAGGACGAGGGCGUGGACCCGCGCGUGCAGAUCGAGUUGGAAAAACUGAACCAGUCGACUGACGCCAUCAACCGCCUCGAAACGGAACUCGAGGAGGCUCGCAGCCGGUUCCGGGUGGUGUUGGCGGAGGCGACGGCCAAGCUGGACGAGUUUCUCAAGAAGCUCGGGAAGUCUGUGGAGGAGUCCAAGCCGUACUGGGAGGCGAGGCGAGCGGCGCGGCAGGCACAAGUUUCGGCGCAGAAGGCAACUCAGGAUUUCCAGCGUGCGAGCGAGGUCCUGCGAGCAGCCAAGGAGACGAUCGCGCUGGCAGAGGAGCGGCUGCUGGAGCAGGAAGAUCGUCACUUCGACUCAGCCUGGCAGGAAAUGCUGAACCACGCCACUCUCAAGGUGAUGAAGGCCGAGCAAGACAAAGGCAGGAGCGAGCUGGUGCACAAGCAGACUGCGGAGCGCUACAGUGUGACCAUAGGUCACAUGAAUCAGCUGGAGCGGAAGCUGAAGCGUACCAUCAAAAAGUCCAGACCAUACUACGAGCUGAAGGCCAAGUACUACCUCGAGCUGGAGCACCAGAAGCAGCGUGUGGAGGGCCUGCAGGAGGCCGUGGCCGCUACCAAGGGGCAGUACCGUGCAGCUCUCGACAGCCUCGAGCGAAUCUCUGACGAGAUCCACGCGCGGCGCAAGGCGAGCGCCGUUGAGGAGCCCCGGGGUCGCGGGGUCGGCGCAGAGACCACCGGCGCCUUCAGCAUGGAGCUGGGGUUCUUCUCCAUGGACGGCGACAGCUUCUCCGUGGCGUCGGACACGUGCGAGUCGGACGCCUGCAGCCUCAUGGCAUCCAAGGACGACAACUAUUUGGAGUCGUGCAGCCCAUGCGCCGGUGGUGCUGCUCCUCUGCCCACGCGCCCACCCGCCCUGCAGCUCGCGGCUUCCCAACCCGGCUCCGGCUCCAUGUCCGGGUCCAGCUCUGGCUCCGGAUCCAGGUCCAGCUCCGGGUCGGGCGCUGACCCUGACAGCGGCUUCUUCAGCCCCGUGCAGGACGAGCGGCUGGGUCCUCGCAGUGACUGCAGCGGAGCGUCAUCCCCCGAGUGCGAAGGCCUGCCGCCCUUAACAGGUACGGAUUCGUCCCUCCCACUGAGCGAGGCAGAGGCCGAACCCGCAGAGAAAAGUCGAGCGGCGGAGACGGGAAGGGAGGGGUUCUGCGUUGACAGCGUGACGCCCAGAGGAGAGGAGGAGGAGGAGGACGGCAGCGACGCAGCGGCAAGCGGGGCAUCGGGGACGCACACCGCCAUCGCCGCCGGCGGUGUCGGGGGUGGGGAGAGAGAGCAAGAGAUGCGAGCAGCGGAGAGGAGAGAGCAGGAGGAAGAAGAGGAGGAUGGCGCAGAUAGCGGAGAGGCCACGGCAAAGGAGAGUGGCGAUGGGCAGAGGGCAAAGGGCAAAGGGCGGAGCGUCUCCGGUACCGAUGGCGGCGCAGCCAUGUGCGAAGCGUCUCCCGAGGAAGAGCCGGCGGCUGCGUGGGCAGUCAGAGCGGAGGAUUUGAGCGUCGGUGGAGUCAGGCUUGAGCGGAAGGAUGAGGAGGUGGAGGACGAGGGGGUGGAGAUCGAGAAGGUGGAGGUCGAGGAGGUGGAGGAGGACGAGGAGGUGGACCUGCAGGGCAAUAUUGGAGACCGUGGCGGGGAAGGUGUGGCUGGCACGGGCUCGACAGCAGGUGCCCUGGCAGCGAGCGUGAGGGACGUGGCACUCUAAACAAACCCCACGCGGCGCGUGUUGGCCCCUGACGGCCGCUCGACAAGGAAGCAACAACGUCCAUUUGUACGGAGCCGUAGGUUUCCAGGAGGGGCGGGGGUUGACGUCGUGACGCUUUUGUAAUUGUCCCGACCAGCGACUCGCCGAGUGAGGUGUGAACGCAGCGAUUCGCUGUUGCGUUUUAGAAACGAGAACUUUGUUGUUUACCGACUUCAUGCCGAUAGGGAUGUUCCUUUGUUGCCACUUUCUCUUGAUAAUUUGCAUCGUUAUCUCGCGAUAAUGUGGAGUUCAUGCGCAGUGCUCUUCAAUUGCGUUCAAAGACGUUCGUGCUAUCAAUUAUGCCAUUAUCGUCGUCAUCAGCGGUGUAUUAAUGACUUUGAAGCAAAAAUUGUGGCCAUUUGUUCGUGCGUAGUUUUCAUUAGAUGGCUUUUGAAACCAAAACUUUUGUAGUCGAUACUAUCCAGACACUAACAAGAAAAAUAUAUUUUUCGUUAUGGCACUUUUCAUUACUUUUUAGUAAAGCACACGAUCGUCCCGCACCUCUGAUUAGCACGGUUGGCUACGUACGGUGCGAAAGACGUUCAACAUACACACAGAUACACAGGAGUUUAUAAACAACUGCAAUUUCGAAUUCUUUGAUUGGUGGCUUCACUGCACAAACUUGGCUGCGAUGAUUUGCCCCUCGCGAUCAAAUUAACCGUUCGCAAUUCUAGAAUGGAAUUUUUUUUUUCUUAAACCGCAUCGCCUAGUUCCCGCAUUGCAGCGUCUUUUAUAUGACCUACUGGAUGGCGGUAGGACAAUGCAUUGAAUAUACUCAAUGCUUUAGAGGCAAAGACGCCGAGAUGUUUUCAGUUCUAUGAAAAUAAAUAGGAUGCAGCGAUACCCCGAUGUAUGUCUCUCCCCCUUGACGUUGUUUCGCAAAUGUGUCGUCGCGUUAUUAUUAACACCGUUACCGGAUUAGUGUCGCCUCAACCUCCACAUGCUCUUAACGUCGCUGACAGCAUCGUCUUCACAUCCUUUCUCGUUAUUGGUUGCCUCUCAGCCUUCGCCUCCACCACGAGCCACUCCUACUACCCUUGAAAAUCGCUUCCAUUGACAUCGUUUCGAUAUUCGUCGUCGCGCCUUUCAGGAACGCAUCCCCCCCCCCCCCCCCCCCCCCCCCCCCCGAACGGAGAGUAACGUCACAAAGAGGUGGCCGGGUGGCUCAGAGGUCAGAGGAUCGCUAAGCUCGCACCGCUGAGAUCCUGGCUUGAAAUCCAGACAAGCGCUUGUGAUUAAACCAACAUCUCAAGUGUAGUAUAGUUGAUGGUCUCGGACCAGUCGCCACAAAAAAAGCCCAUAUUAAAUUUGGUUCCGGGCGCAAUUUCCCUAAUUUCUAGCUCUUGAGAAUGAAAGCCAUUGGGUUGACUGUCGUGGGUUCAUCCUCAUACUCAUAUGGCAGAGUGAGUGGGAAAUGCCCUCUCCUGUGUGUGGGCCAGUGCCACUUGAAGAAGAGAUCUCAGAGAUAGUUCUGUGGUGUCCACUUCCGUGGGCCGAUCUCUAACAAGAAUGGUUGUAGCUAUGUAUGUUGAACUUCUUUCGCACCACCGUACGUGGCCAACUGUGAUAAACACAAAAAUGGUCGCACUGUCCUGCGAGAUUUACAAAUCCAUUGUUAGUCUCAUUACUGGACAACAAUUUGGGAAAAUGCAAAAAAUUUAGAUACAAAUCCCCUGGAUUGAGGUCACGGGCCCAGUUCUAUUCGUAGCAACAUGUUUCACAUUCUCAUGCUACAAGAACCACACUUACAUCACCAUGUAAGUGAUCCCAAUGUGGUCUGGGAAAUAUAAGGCCACCAAAUGUAUUUUUUUGGUGCCGUGUGCAUGCAGUAACAGCACCAUCCAAGUGUUGAAAGUAACUUUUGAAUAGAUGUUUUAUUUUAAGGUCAUAGGUAGCUUUAUUUGGUAAUGCCAAUGAUUUACCUAGGAAAAUCUCAAAAGAGUGACGAGACUAUUUCAGGAUUGUCCUGAGUUGGGAUAUUUGGCCCGAUUCCGUCACCAUGAUGAGUGGCACGCGGGAUGGAGACGGUGAGCCCGGAUUAAACCCUCACAUGCGAGAGGUGAUGGAACGUGGUCAAAUCACCUUCUGGCCCACACCUUUGCAGCCGAGCACAUCUGAACACAUGGCAAGCACUGGUGGUCACCCAUCCGAGUACUGGACAUCUGAGACAAAGAGCUUUGUAGCUUAUCAGAUUAUUCCAGUCUAUAUUUAUUUUUACCAGGCAAGGCCCACUGAGCUAUGUAGCUCUUUUUCAGAAGUGACCUUUCAGAUUAUUCCAGUCUAUAUUUAUUUUUACCAGGUAAGGCCCACUGAGCUAUGUAGCUAUUUUUCAGAAGUGACCUGGCCAUCACAAAUGACAGCUGAAGCAAGUGGCUUAUCACGUGAAAAUGUAUAGCAGCCAAAUACUCUAAACAGCCACAGGGAGAGAGACACGCAAAUUCCAUAUAUACAACAGGCGUCAGGGUUGGAAUCAAACCCACGACCUGUAUAGGAAGUGAGGUAUUUAACAUCUCGCCAUCGUGGCACCCCUUCGGAUCAAUAUCAAGAUUUUGAUAACCAGGCCUAUCUUGGCUCGGCUUCAGAAAUCGUGCAUGUUUUUACGGUAAUUUAUCCACUUGCGUAGAAAUGUAGUGACAGUAUAUGAGUGUGGGGUAUAAACGGUGGAAGUGCUGCGACGGAAUCGUUGCCCCAUUAGUGCGUAUGGGACGAUGAGGCACAAUGUGCUGAAGUCCACACCGCUCUGUACUUGGAUGUUCAUUGAUUCAUGACCACCCUACGUGCUGCCGCGUUUUUGCCGUGAAUAUUUGUCACGGUGAAAUGUCUCUCUGUUAAAGAGUGACACGUCUCUACGGGAACCUAUUUGGCUUCGGCGAACGUUGCAUGCGCGAGUGAUGUGAUAGUCUGAAUUGAAGUUGUUUGUAGCCCUUUGCAACUCAUCAGACUUUAUGAGGCUUUGUCCUGGCAGCUAAACUGAUUCAACAUUGCUCAGGCUAGCUGGCUUUGGCAGGGGCGCAAAGUGAUGGGCUAUUAUGGUUGAAUAUUCGUGCACUAACCAGAAUUAAUGUCGGUAUUUGUUCUGUGUUUAUAGCUGUGGUUCGGCAUGUAGUAUUUGGACUUUAACCGAACACGCGGUUUUUGUUCUAUUUUCCUUAAAGGAAUACGGAGCGUUCAGCGGUGGACAAAAAAUUGCCAUUGACUACGAUAAUGCCAUCGUGUCAAGUUGCACAAGGUGACUGAGGAUGACGCAGUGCAUGUGAAUAACUAAUGCUUGUAGCAUUGACGAAUGAUGAACAGGAAUUAUUUUAGCAAUAAAGCAUCUCGAACGGCGGUUUUAAAUCUGGUUAAAAUGACAGUAUUACAUAUCGGUGUCUUAGCCUUGCAUAAUUUUAUUGACGAGCAUUUUCCGAGACGCCUUGUGUUCGGAGAGUCGUUCAAGGUUGCUCCGAGCCAGCGGCAGGUGUGAAUGUGGCAGGUUAUCUUCGCUAUGGAAAUGGCAUUUUACAUUCCGCGCUUGUCGUGUGGUAAUGUAUACAUGGUAUAGACUAUCGCGACGGGUCAGUAAAGUAUGUUGGGAGCAUUAUCGACGAGCCUUUGAACUGAAAUCCGAGCGCAAGUCGGGUUCCUUUUGCCCUGUCUUGGUACAAUCGUUGCACGCAAAUCUGGAGGUAUUUUCUGUCGUGACUAUAAAAGAAAAAAACUGUUUUGCGAUUACCCAGCGGCAAUGUUUUAGCGUUGGUGACCGUCACCCUUGAGUUGUCUUUGAGAGCGGUCCACCCAAGCACGCACACCUAUCAGUGUUUGUUUUAUAGAUGUGAACCAGCGGUGUGUUUUUUUUAUUUUACAAAACGUGGAGUGGGUUUUUUUAAAGCGGCGGAUUGGUGUCGCGCAGGUUUUUUUUAAACGGCUGCGGUGACCGACGGUUCUCAGCACAUGCGCCUCUGCGGCAGCCGCAAGUAGUACACGCGUUGUCCGCGUGUUAUCCGUGCGUUAUCCGCACGCAUCGCCCAUCGCGUGUGGUGGACAUCGCAAUCCCAGCAUGACGGUGGAAGAAGUUUCAAUAAACUUGUACCAUCUCUAGAA